CUCCUAUUACAAGUCUACCUUCGAUUAGAUUUGAUGUCAGUAUAUUGGCAAGUGUGUGUAAAAGAAGAAGAUCGUGAGAAGACCGCUUUUGCAACCAGUUCUGACACUUACGAGUUUUGGUGA